AUGUCGGCGUUCCGUGACUCGAGUAGGCGUCAGGACACGUACAAGGCCAAGGGUGCCUUUAAGCAGGAUGAGCUGCGUCGUCGCCGUGAGGAGGCGCAAGUUGAGAUUCGGCGUCAGAAGCGUGAAGAGAGCAUGGCCAAGCGGCGCAACCUAAACAUGCACCAGAUCUCCGAUGCUCCUGACUCGGAAGAGGAAGAAGAAGUGAUGGACGAUUUGGAUAUGAAGAUCACUUCUGAAUUGCCUGCUAUGGUACAGGGUGUACAAAGUGACAACCUGGACCAGCAGCUCGAGGCCACUACCAAGUUCCGGAAGCUCCUUUCGAAGGAGAAGAAUCCCCCCAUCGAUCGCGUUAUUGCUUGCGGCGUGGUACCGCGCUUUGUCGAAUUCUUGCGCAGUCCUCACAGCAUGAUCCAAUUUGAGGCUGCUUGGGCUCUUACCAACAUUGCUUCUGGUACCUCGGAGCACACGCAGGUGGUCAUCAACUGCGGCGCCGUGCCUAUUUUCAUUGACCUCCUUCUUUCGCCAGUGCUGGAUGUACGUGAGCAGGCCGUGUGGGCCUUGGGUAACAUUGCCGGUGACUCGACCAAGUGCCGUGACUUUGUCUUGCAGCAUGGCGGUAUGCAGGCUCUCUUGCAGCUGCUUAGUGAAGACCACAAGGUGAGCAUGCUGCGGAAUGCGACGUGGACGCUGAGCAACUUUUGCCGUGGUAAGAACCCACAGCCAGCUUGGGAGUACGUCGCCCCAGCUCUCCCAACUCUCACCAAGCUUGUAUACGCCAUGGAUGACGAAAUUCUCAUCGAUGCGUGCUGGGCGAUAUCGUACCUGUCGGAUGGUGCGAAUGAAAAAAUUCAGGCCGUGAUUGAGUCGGGUGUGUGCCGCCGACUGGUGGAUUUGCUGAUGCAUCCAUCAGCUGCCGUUCAGACACCUGCCCUUCGCUCGGUCGGCAACAUCGUUACGGGUGACGACAUGCAGACGCAAGUGAUCAUCGCCAGCGGAGCCUUGACGCCCCUUCUCGCUCUUCUAUCUUCGCCCAAGGAUGGUAUUAAGAAGGAAGCUUGCUGGACGAUUAGUAACAUUACGGCCGGCUCGCCCAGUCAGGUGCAGGCCGUGAUUGAUGCGAAUAUCAUUCCUCCUCUUGUCCACAUCCUGAGCCACGCCGACUUCAAGACAAAGAAAGAAGCUUGCUGGGCUAUCAGUAAUGCCACGAGUGGUGGACUGCAGCAACCCCAGCAGGUGCGUUACCUUGUGUCGCAAGGAUGCAUCAAGCCGCUGUGCGACUUGCUCAAGUGCAUGGACAACAAGAUUAUUCAAGUGGCCUUGGAUGGUCUGGAGAAUAUCUUAAAGAUCGGCGAACAGGACAAGGAGGCGCUGGGUCCUGGUGCUACGAACCAGUAUGCGAUGUACAUUGAGGAGUGUGGUGGUAUGGUGGCUAUUCAUGCCCUGCAGAACCACGAGAACUUUGACAUUUACAAGAAGUGCUUCUAUAUUAUGGACAAGUACUUCCCUGAUGAUGAAGAGGACCAGGACACAGGCAUUGAAGCACCGCAAGUGAAUGAUACAGGAGCAUUUGCGUUCCCAUCAUCGGUUGCUGCGCCCCAGACUGGAUUUCAGUUUGGCCCGGCACAAAACAUGUAA